CCACACAUAUCCACUACCUCCCCCUCUACUCCUCUCUCUGGAAUCUUCAUACAUUCUCUCUCUCUCUCUCUCUGAACUGGCUAACCCUCAGGAAACUCUGGAAGAAACCCAAAACCAGAGGGUGGUGCUCGCCCUAUAUGAAGCGCUAAGCUCACGUGACGUAGACACCGUCCACAAGCUAUUGGCUUCUGAUUUGGAGUGGUGGUUCCAUGGCCCGCCGUCCGACCAGUUUAUGAUGCGAUUGCUCACCGGCACUGCAACGCCCGACGAUUCAUUCGAUUUCGUACCUCAAUCUGUUGCCAUCUUUGGAUCAACGGUUCUCGUCGAGGGCUACGAUUACGACCGUUCAAUCUAUUGGGUUCACGCCUGGACUGUCACGGAUGGGAUAAUUACCCAGGUGAGAGAGUAUUUCAAUACUUCUCUUACUGUUACCCGACUCGGGAACACAGACGAAUCAUCUUCGUCGAAGUUUUCGUCGAUUACGUCACUCCAUUGCCCCUCUGUUUGGGAGAGCAGUGUCUCGAAUCGGAUCGGUAAAUCCAUGCCGGGUCUUGUGCUGGCAAUAUAAGCUCUGAUCCUCUGCAACCGGAAGUAUUAUAAGAUUGUAGUGGCUUUGAAUAAAAGGUACAAGCCGUUGCAGCGUGUAAUUGCAUAUGGGCUGAAGUUCUGUGGUACCUUAGUGUCUGUGGUGAUGUAAGAUCCAACGGUUGUGACUGGUUGGGUCUUAUUUCGGUCUUGUUUGGCUUUGUCGUCUUUUAUUACUUUGCUGCGUGUUUUACUUUAAGGGAGUGUUUGCCUUUUUUUUUUUUUUUUGUGUGUGUGUGUGUGGUUUUUAAGGGAGCCAUGGUGGGUAGACACUAUUGGUUAUAUCCUGAUUGGUCUAUUGUGUGCUGUGUUACUCAUGCAAUAAAAGUAUUUUUAUGU